AUAAAAUUUUGAGUGGGUCAUUUGGUAGGUGGAAAAGGCGAGCGCGGUGGAGAAGGAGAAGAAGGAAAUGGACAGUGCCAAAGAUGAUGUUGUUUGCUUACAACUCACUGCUCCUCCUGGUUGGAAGAAAAUGUUGAAGCCGAAGAAAGGGGGAACUCCUAAGAAGAAUGAGAUCAUUUUCACUGCUCCCUCUGGGGAACAAAUCAGUAACAAGAAACAAUUGGAGCAUUACCUUAAACAACACCCUGGUGGUCCAGUAAUAUCGGAAUUCGAUUGGGGCACUGGUGAGACCCCGAGGAGAUCAGCAAGGAUUAGCGAGAAGGUAAAGGCAUAUAGUGAACCUCCGAAAAAAAGAGGCAGAAAAUCAUCAGCUUCAAAGGAUGAUAACAAAGAAUCGGAGACAGCCCCUGAAGGAACAGAGGAUAGUAAAGAUGUUAUGGAAGAGGCUGGAAAAUCUGAGGAAGAGAAUGAGAAUGAGAACAAAGAUAAAACGCAAGAUGGUAACAGUAAAUCUGAACCCACUUCUAAAGAAGUGACACGUGGAGUCGAUGCAAAAAUAUCUACUAAUAUCGAAGAAGGUAAGGGAGGUGGUGAAGCAGUAUCUGAAAAGUUGAAAUGCCUCCAGGACGGAGUUGAAAUGAAUGCUUCUGGAUUGGGCCAAAAGGAAACAGCAGACAUGGAGGAUGCAACAUCCGAUGGAAAUGUUGAACAACUAGCGAGUGAAGCUGAGAAAGGGCUUGGAUCCAUGGAGCAGGAGAAACCCAACGUAUGCGUUACAGAGGAACGGAAAAAUGAGGCGGAAGGAGAAGGAAAACCGAUACUUGAUAGAAGCACAAUUGAAUCUGAAAGAGAAAUCGAAGUCAAUGAAGCAGCAAAUCGCGAUGAAAUGGAAGAAGCAAUUCAAAAUGGUAGUAAGGGAAGUAAUGCAGAGUAGGUGAAGCCUUGAGAUGCUAUUUACAAUGGAUUAACAGUUAACAUGAUGCAUCCCCCUUGUGAACCUUUUUGAUUUUAGGACAUACUUAAGAUGACUAGCUUAACUAAGGUAGUAACUGAUUGAGACAUCUUUUGGUAUUAUGGUAGAUAGCUAUAUAAUGUAACUGUGUCUGAUGUAUUAUUGGUCUGACCUGUAGCUUGUAAGUGAUGAAAGGAUAUGGAUGUAAUAUGCAGUGCUAAGUAAAAGGUUAAAAUUAGUGCUC